AUGGUUUCAAAUGCAGGGGCAAUUAGGCCUUCAGUAGGUCAUCAGAGCAUCAAAGCUGACCGUGUGACGUCCAAACCUCAGCGAGGGGCCACGACUGCACCGGCUUGCAUGCCAACGAGGAAGGAGAUGGAUAAUGUGCCACGGAACUCUGAGCUCGGCGUGGAGUCAGUUGCAAAAUCUUCCAAACACGAAGGAGAUCUUGCUCUCACAAUGUGCUGCUGCACUACUCUGAAGGAUCCACCAGUGGGGGCGAUUGGAGGAGGGGCAUCCAGUCGUCAACGAAAUGCCUAUGGCCCAUCGGAUCGUGCUGGAGUUUCCAUGCCAGGGCUUGGGAAUGUGGCAAACUUGCCAAAACCAAUGGAAUGGAGAUCACUUGAUCUGGAGAAAUACCCAAUAAUCCUUAAGAUCCUAACAUAA